AUGCAAGCGCCAGUAUUAUCAACCAAUUCCGACUAUUCAUAUGCCAAAGUACAAUCAUCAACCAAGCUGCGACGAGAAGAUGUUGUGCAAUACUAUGCGUUGGAUAAAUUAGCUGAGAAACUUGCAGAAACAGAAACGGACACUGAAACAGACAAAGACACAAGCACAAGCAAAGGAAAACCAAAGUUUAGGCACAUCACAUUACAAUUCCCCGAUGACCUAAUUGCAGAUUCCGCUUCCAUAGUCUAUUACCUUCAAAAGAAAUUGAACUUGAACAACUCUGAUUCUGAUCAGCAAAAAAUCUGGGUUCUCGCAGAUACUUCAUACUCUGCAUGUUGUGUUGAUGAGGUAGCUGCAGAGCAUGUUGGCAGUGAUCUUGUUGUCCAUUUUGGAGACGCAUGUUUGAACGAUGUUGCCAAGUUGCUGGCUAUAUAUGUAUUGGGAAAACCACUGAUCGAUGAGGAACAGGUGUUGCUGCAAUUUAGAAGCCGGUACUCCAAAGAGGAUAGAGUUAUUUUGAUGGCGGAUGCUCCACAUACCUAUAUUCUUUCAAAUUUAAAACAAAAACUAUCUAAUGAGUAUGAGCAAAUCGAAAUUGCUGAUUUGAAAAAUGCCAAUAUUGUAGAUUACCAGCCAUCAUCUGCAGAGCAUAUGAACUUUAAUCGAACAUUGUCCGUGCAAGAAGUUUCAGAUUACCAUUUAUUUCACAUUACCGUUCCCGAGGCGCCCAGAUUGCUACAGCUCACUACAAAUUUUGCUUCUGUUACUACAUACGACCCAGGGAACAAUCAAAUGUCACAGGGUCCGUUCCCCAAUUUGAUGAGGCGCUACAAAUUAGUCCAUGUGGCGCGAUCGUCGGGGACAAUUGGUAUUUUGGUAAACACUUUAUCUUUGACCAAUACCAAGUUACUUAUCAAUACCAUAAAGGAUAGAAUCAAGGCUGCAGGUAAAAAACAUUACAUAUUCGUUGUUGGAAAACCCAAUGUGGCCAAGCUUGCAAACUUUGAGAGCAUUGACGUAUGGUGCAUCUUGGGAUGUGAUCAUCUGGGAAUUGUGAUUGAUCAAAACAACGAAUUUUACAAACCAAUUAUCACGCCUUAUGAAUUACUCCUUGGACUCAGUGAUGAGCUUUCGUGGACUGGCAAAUGGGUGACUGACUACCAAAGUGUGAUUGAAAACUAUCAAGAAGAAAUUACAAGAGGUGCAAGUAAUGACGAUGAAGAAGAUAAUGAUGGUGAUGCUAGCUCCGACGAAGAACCAGAAUUUGAUCCGGUCACGGGUACUUUUGUUAGUACAUCAAGACCAUUACGACAACUUAAUCACUUAACUAUACAGAAUGACGAUUCUAACGAGCUUGUAAAGAGGUCGGCCAAUGCCAUUGCCAUUCGAAAUACAGUAAGCACAUCUGCUAUGUUUUUGCAGCAAAGACAAUGGACCGGUUUAGGUAGCGACUUGGCAAGUAACAAUGAUAAGUCAGAUGAGGGAUCGGUACUUGAGGAAGGUAGACGAGGUAUUGCUCGUGGGUACGAAUUUGACACAACCCAAAAAAAGGGAGCAAAUUAG